ACAUUAUUUGUAGUAUGUAUCGAUUGCUAUAUAAGAAGAACUCUGUUGGAGAAGGGUAUUAUUACUAAAAUCAUUCAAGAACAAACAUGGUAUUCAAACUCAUCAUCUUAGGUGCACUUGUUGCCUACGUACACGCAGGAAUUUACGGCGAAUCUUUAGGAAGUCUUCCCAUUGAAAGUCCAGUAAUCUCUGCAUAUUCCUCACCUUUGUCCGUAAGAUCUGUGCUAUCCUCUCAACUGCUGUCAUCUCCAGUAUUGUCGACUUCACCUUUAUACAGCAGAUCCUUACCUACAUUCUCCUAUGGCGCAACAGUUCCAGUUAUUUCAUCACCUUUGGUAAGAACUGUAUCUCCUCUUCCAGUAGCAUCACUUCCAUCCCUUGUGUCAGCGCCAGUAUUAACAAGAGGAUACGCUCCAUCGGCUUCCCUUAUUUCAGCUCCAGUUCUAAGAAGCGUUCCAUCUCUACCCUUAUUACCAGCUCCAGUUCUUUCUAGAAGUCUUUCAGUAAGCCCGUUACUACCAACAGUGAUUUCUAGGAGAGUUUCUGUAACUCCACUUUUACCAGCUCCAGUUAUAUCUAGAAGUGUUUCUGUAAGUCCACUAGUGUCUGCUCCAGUAUUGUCAAGUUACGCUGCCAGUGCUCCUUUACUAUCGGCUCCAGUGUCUUGGUAGGAAAAUUAUAUCUGAUUUAAUGUUAACACUAUAUUUUUUGUAUAGUAUAGAAUAUAUUUUGUUGUAGGAAAAAAAUAAAUUAAUACUAAAUUGUUAAA